GUCCGCUAAAACGAAGAGUUCCCGAACACGUACCCCGGUGAAAUCAGUUAAAUAAACAGUUAGCUUGCAGUUAAAUUGCAGGGCCAAGGUGGAAUUGCAAUAGGAAAAGACAUAGUGAUUGCAAUUGCAUUUGCAAUUGCAGGUUGAAGGUGUGAAGGUGUAAAGCAGCUGUCAGCAGUGCUAACUGGCUGAGUGAAACCGAAAUAAAACGAAACUGAAAUGCCCAACACAUACAGUGCUUUGCCCCAUAAUUGGAGCUCCGGUGAGAGCCAGCCACAGUGGACAUCCUCCAGUAGAAAUCGCAAAUGCCACACAGUGAGCAUGGCCAGAUCAACGAGUGGUCACUUGAUUUUCCUCCUCUUGAUCUGCCUACUAAACUCGGCCGCCAAAGCGGAUGGAUCGACUGGGAAUGGUCGUCUUGGACGCCAUCGCUCCACCACUCCUAUGAGCCACCUGUCCACAGAACCGCAGUCAAUCGAGGAGCAGGAGGUGGUUACCGAUUCACCAACGGAUUCCCCAGAGGAGCUGGAGUCAACGAUGACGACGGAACUGCCGGCGGAAGAAGAGUGGCAGCCUCUGGUGAAUGCCAGUAAGUUUUCCACGAGGAAGCCGGUGGACAAAGUGACUCUUGGCGACUCCCUGCUCCUUAGACUGGCCCGGCGUUUUGCCAGUGGAAACGAGCUGUGGGACGGCCUUGUCCGCGAUUGCUAUCUAAAGCCAGAUGUAUCCUGCUUCCAAAAGAACGUCUUCAGCUACCUGGAUACCGCUCUGGAUGUACAGGAUGUGAAUGUGACCCAAAGGCUAAAGUUCCUCAAGAACCAAGUGGACUACCAAGUGGAAAAAGAGAGGGAAGAGCACCAGGAGGCACGUGCCGCCAGUGCGGACACCCCGAUCGAGGAAGUGACCAGCGCUCUAUAUGGAAAGAGCAUCAAGUUUGCUAUGACCCACGAUCUGGAGGUGGAUCUGCCUGAGGUUAUGUUCAAUGGCGCAACAUUUCGCAUCUCGCCGCGGGCCAUCGAAGGCAACGGAAUCAUCGCCAAGCUGGAGCUGAUUCCCAAACAGGUAGUCAAGGCCCGACUCGCCGGGGCGAUAAUCCAGAAGAAGAUACAAAAAUUUCUACGCAGCAAACUGGUGCUGUCAUUCCUCGCAUUGCUGCUGAUCAUUAAAAUCAUCAAGAUCAAGUUGUUCUGGCUGCUGCCAAUCGUCAUCGGAGUGGGUGCCGCCAAGAAGCUGCUCCUAAAGUUCCUGCUCUUCCUGUUCCCAGCGCUGUCGCAUCUCUUCAAGCUUUGCUCGCACUACCAGCAAUCCUAUCACGCACCCGCCAAGUACCAACACCACCAUCACCUCAUCGAUCAUCAUCACACGGUUGUUCCGCCAUGGCACAGUGGCGAGCACCACUCGGUUCCGGAAAUCAUUUAUACGCACCCGCCGAAGGGCCAUCCCUCCGCCUAUCUCCAUGGGGCUCCGGUGCAUGAGAGCUACGGACCCGGAUUCGAGCACUUCGAGGGUGCCUGGGAGAACAGUGGACCUGGCCUGGGAUCCGAAUACAUAGGCGAUAUAAAUCGCGUUGCACAAAUAGAGGAGAAUGCCCAUUACUUUAAGCCCCACCCGGCAAACGAUGCCGGUGUCCUGCAUGCUUGGGGCCUUGGCACCACACAACAGGCACAACAGGCACAACAUCAGACGCACCAGCCACAUCAAAGAUGGCCUGUCACCCAGCAGGCGAGGCCACCCACACAGCUCAAACAGCAGACGCAGCAGCAGCAAACGCAGCAGCAGCAGCAGCAACAGCAGCAGCAGCAGAUCAAGCUUCAUCUGCAACAGCAAUUAAGUGCUCAGAAAGUACAAGCCUCUAGUCACAGUUUAAACCCAUUUCAAAGUCAGGACAAACAAAGCUCAAGGCCGGCACACACGCAGCACCAUCCGGUGUAUGUUCCAGGACACGGACACCAUCCGCCGCAAAAUGUUCCCGGACUCACGGCAGCCGCACAAAUAGCCGCGCAGUACGAUCCAGCGCGCAACAAUCAACAUCCGCAGCAGCCGCAGAAUCCGCAGCAAGCGCCGCAGCAGCCAAAUCAAGCUGUUCAGGAGCCACAACUUUCGCCCGAAUUAGCAGCCCAGCUGAAGGAGGCUAUACGCAUUCAGGCCGAGCAGCGCCUCAUCCAGCAGCAGCAGAAGAUACUGGAGCACCAGCCAUUCGUCCAGGAUGGACAGCCGCUGUAUCCGCUCAACUACGAUCCGUUCUACAGUCCCAUUCUGUUGAAAAUCGACAAAAUCAUCGAGCAGUUCGGAGUGAAAAACGAUCUGUGCAAGGAGCGCAUUGUGUGCAGCAUGUACAAGGAUCCAGCCACCUACAGUCCGCACAGCAAUUUCAUUUCCGCGGAGCUGAGUCGCGAUACCAGCGAACUGGAGACCGUAACGCAUGCGAAUGAGGCAGUGCGUCGCUUCUACCGACUAAUUCAGGCUGCCCGGGAUGGACAGGAUCAAAAGGACUGCCAGAGCCUGUACCCACAGUGCAAUAUGCAGGCAAAGUGAGCCGGAGGUCCCCAAUCUUCGAAUGAAAGAGAGAGAGACGUUAAACGAGAACGAGCAACUUUAAAGUCAACUUUUCCUUGUUAAAAAUCGAACUGUAAAUAGGAUAGAAGUUAGGAUAAGCCUAAUUUAUUUGUUAGACUCUUAUUUUUUUAUUUAUUUAUUUAUUUAUUUAUUGUAGUCUAAUGGUAAAAGGCUAAAUGCCAAUUUGAUGCCUUUUUGUCACGUUACCGCUGCAUUAAUAUUCAUUCUGAUUUUGUUCAAUUUUACAUACGAAAUAUUCACUUCAAUCGGAUGCGGUCAGUACACUUUUUAAAUUUCCCACACACACGUGAAUGGCACACGAAUAAUUCACAGAUAAUUUACUAAAAAUACCAUAUAAUGAAAUCAGAAUGUUUAUUGAUUGCCGGCCAAACGAAUGCGGCUGCAAAUUCAAUUAGUCAAUACGCAAAAAAUGUUAUUAGAGGAG